AUGUCCAAUGUUUAUAUCGAAGUGGGUUUCCUGGAAAACGCCUCCCAGACUUUUGAACAGAUCUCCUCCAAGAACCCACAUUCAUGGAACACAAUCAUCUCCGGAUAUUUCAAGGACGGACGGUUUUCUGAUGUUUUGCAUCUUUGUAAAAGGAUGUGGGGGGAGAGACAUACAGCUGAUAGUUUCAAUUUGGUUUUUGCGGUUAAGGCUUCUGUUGGAUUGUGUAAUCUACGAAUGGGGCAAUCUGUUCACUCUCAUGCUAUCAAAUCGGCAUUAGAGGGUGAUUCUUAUGUUUCGCCCUCACUUAUGACCAUGUACGUUGAGUUGGGUUCUCUGGAAGAGGCCCAGAAGAUUUUUGACAGAGUUUCCGAGAGAAAUGAUGUUAGUUGUGGUUGUAUGAUUAGAGGUUACUUGAAUUUUUCCAAAGAAUAUGAAGUUUUUGAGUUGUAUCAUGAGAUGGUUAGCGCUGGUUAUGAAUUGGAUUCGUUUUCAGUGGAAGGUUUAAUUAGAGCCUGUGGAAAUGUUUGUGCUGGUAGAGAAGGAAAUGCACUUCAUGGAUAUUGCAUAAAAAGGUGCUUCAUGGAUUCUGGCAUCUGUUUACAGACAUGCAUCGUGGAUAUGUACACGAAGUGUGGCUUGCUCGAAUGUGCACUCAAAUUGUUCGAAGAAAUCUCUGAUAAGGAUGUUGUUUUAUGGAGUUCAAUGAUUGCUGGCUUUUCAAAAAAUGGUAGAACUUGGCAAGCAAUUUCCCUUUUCCAUCAGAUGUUGGAAGAGUCAAUAGUGCCAAAUGCAGUAACGUUUUCUAGCGUUCUUCCUGCUUGCUCACACUUGGGUUCUCUGCAACUAGGAAAGGCUAUUCAUGGAUAUGUUACCCGGACUGAUUUUGAAUUGGAUGUGGUAAGCUAUACUGCUUUUAUUGAUAUUUAUGCCAAAUGUGGCCAUGUUUGGAUAGCCUACAGAAUGUUUAAUAAGAUGCCUGAGAGAAACGUAUAUUCUUGGAGUGCAAUGAUCAAUGGAUUUGGAAUACAUGGUUUGUAUUCUGAGGCAUUUAAUCUUUUUGCUCAAAUGAUGUCUGAAAACCUUGAACCCAAUUCUAUUACAUUUGUCUCAGUCCUGUCUGCUUGCAGUCAUUCAGGUAGGAUAGAAGAAGGAUGGCGCUAUUUCCAUUCAAUGAGCAGGGAUCAUGGAAUUUCCCCUGCAGAGGAGCAUUAUGCAUGCAUGGUUGACCUAUUAGCUAGGGCAGGGCAAAUUGAUGAAGCACUAAAUUUUGUCAACAAUAUGCCAAUCCAUCCUGGUGCUAGCAUUUGGGGAGCGCUAUUGGGAGCUUGUAGAAUUCACAAAAAAGUUGAAUUAGCAGAACAAGUGGCUAAGAAGCUGCUUGUUUUAGAGCCUGAUCAGUCAGGCAUGUAUGUAUUGCUUUCUAAUAUAUAUGCAGCUGUUGGGAUGUGGAGAAUGGUGAAGAAGAUGAGGGGAAUGAUGAGUGAGAAGGGACUUAAUAAGAUUGUUGGAUUUAGCUUGAUUGAAGUUGGGAAGAAAAUAUAUGUAUUUAAUGCAAAUGAUAGAUGUGUUGAUAGAAACAUGGAAAUUGAGAAUGUUUGGAGUUCACUACAAGAACAAAUGAAAGCACAUGGUUACUUGCCUCAUAUUAGUUUGGCUCAUGAUAUGGAUGACUAG